AUCGACCGGCAGCGCGAGGAGGCCGUGCGGCAGGCCGCCGCCGCGGGCCUGAGCGCGCUCAGUGUGCCCCAGCUCAAGGAGAAGUGCCGGGCCGCGGGCCUGCCCGUCGGCGGCACGAAGCCCGUGCUGAUCCGACGCCUGCAGACCACGACGGCGCCGGUCGCGGCGCCGGCGCCGGCCGCGCCGGUGCCGGCCGCCGCGGGCGCGCUGGCGCCUCCCCCCCGCAAAGCUGACGUCAUCGAUCCGACCGGCGAUGCUUUGGACGAUAUUCAGAAUUUAGCUCCGCGCGGCGGCAAAAGUCUGAAAACGGCCGUUUCGUUGAAAAGAAAGGCGCUCGAGGAACGCGACCAGGCGCUCGCUGAGGCCAAGCGCGCCAAAGCUGGAAAGGGCGUCGCGGUGCUGAGUACCGUGAGCGAGUGUCACAAGCGGAUCGACGAAUUAGAAAGAAGAUUGACGAAAGUUUCUGACUACUGCAUCGAGCUCGGCGCGGACCCGGACGACGUGAAUGAGCUCCGGUACGGCCCCAUCUAGGAGGUCCGGACCAGGAAGACUGCCGGGGCACACGGCCGCCCCCUCCCACAAACAUCGCGUGGACCUCGUCGCCGGGGUCUAAGAGAGAAGGACACAGAACAUAGAUUAGGACGACUCGAGCGCCUCCCGCUUCGCCUGGGCGAGCCGCAGGACCGCGUCGGGCAACCCGGCAGCCUUCGCCGCGUGGAGGCCGAAGGACUCGUCCGCGAGGCCCUCGACGAGCUUGUAGAGCAUGACGAGCUCCGAUUCGAUGUCGAGCGUCCCGCCGCCCACGGCGGCGUAGGCCAUGCGGUAGGUCGCGACCUUGCCGGGCCGCGCGGCCCGCGCGCUCGCGGCGAGGUCGUGGUAGUGCGUGACGAAGAUCGUGGCGCAGCCGCGGGCGACGAGCGCGUCGAGCGCCGCGCCGGCGACGGCGACGCCGUCGUGCGUCGCCGUGCCCCGUCCCAACUCGUCGAGCACGACGAGCGACUUGUCCGUCGCGUGCUCGAGCGCCACGGCCGCGCGCUCGAGCUCGUGGAGGAACGUCGACCGCCCCGCGGCCAGCGCAUCGGCCGCGCCCAUGCGCGUGAAGACCGCGUCCCGCAAGGGAAGCGCGGCUCUCUUCGCGAAGACCGGCGCGCCCGCUUGCGCGUAUAUUGAUGCGAGAGCGACCGCGCGAGCGACGGAACUCUUGCCUCCCGCGUUGGGGCCCGUGAGCACCAAGCACGCGCCGUCGUCGAGCUUCAGGUCGUUCGUCACCAUGUCUCCGGUCAGCGUCGGGUGCGCGAAGGCCUCGAGGUCCAGAUCUUGCCCGAGCGCCGGCCAGCACCAGCCGGGCUCGCCACCUAAACGCCCCAGCGCCCGCGUCGCGUCGAUCAAUGCGACGGCGUCGAAAAUCUUUCUUAGUGAAGCGCUGAGCUCGUCGUCGAGGUCCGCGACGAAUUUGCGCCACGCCACGUCGGCCGCCAAGUCGGCUUCGGCGACGGCAACGGCUCUAUUUGAGACCAACACUGACACCCCGGGCGCCACGAACCGCCGCACCUUCUGCGUCUCCGACGCGACGUGCCAGGUAUCAUCGAUGGCACCUCUCCUCAUAAAUCCCUCGGCCUCGCUUCGCGUCGCCUCGAUCAGAAACUCCUGGCGGCCGCCGGCGCCGCCAUUGAUGUGCGUCCACUGCAAAGCGGGCUUCCUUAGUGUAACGCGGAGCUCCUUGAGCUUCGCAUCCAGGGCGGCGUCGGCAUCUCUACAAGAGCGCCGCGCGACCGCGAGGGCGUCGUCGUCAUCAUCCGCCGUCAACAGCGCCGUCGCGGGCCCGGCGUCGUCCGCGCAGGCGUCCGCGUCGAGGCGUUCUAAAGCUGCAUUUGUUUUGGCGAGCACGUCUUUUCUCACACCCGACGCCUCGGACAUGGCCAGCGCCGGCGGGAGUGACGAAAUGUUCUCCGGUAAAGCGUCGGCCACGGCCCGCGCCCCGAGCAACAGCUCGCGGAGCUUCGAGGGCCGCGCGCGGCGCGCGGCCAGCGCCGCGCGCGCGCCGUCGGCGCGCUUCGCGAGCUUGUCGCCGGAGCCCUUUUUUAGUAGCAAAUCGACGAGCGGCGUGAGCGCCGCCACUUGGUCGUCGUGGAGCGCCCUUGCCGCAUGUUGCCGCGCUUCGAUAGCACUUUUAUCAGUAAGCGGCUCGCGGAACCAGUCCCGCAGCAAGUUGCGGCCGGCUUUUGUGGAGGCGUGCCUCGCGACUACACUGACGGCCGCGCCCGUCGUCGAACCGUCGGAGGCGACGAGGACCUCGAGGUCUCGUAGCGUGGACGCGUCCAAACGCAUCGGCACAGUGCUUGAAGGAGCGCGUUCUAAACAACGUUCAAGGGCGCUGGCCACGCCGGCGGCCUCGCAGUAGGCCAGCAGCAGUUCCUCGGCGUCGCCCUCCGUGUCGAAAGUCGCAACGCUUGCGUCCGUCGAACGCAUCAAUCGCUCCGCGCGCGCGCCAACCACUAAAGCUUCCGCCGGCGGGUGCGCGGCCACAAAAGCGUCCGCUUUGUCUUUGUCCGCGCCCUCGCAGGCCGCGCGCCGCUGGCUCCUUAAAUCAACUGCGAGCAGAUCCAUUGUACUCUCAGUGUCGACCGCCGCCACGAGCCACGCGGCAUCAGUAGUAUCUUCUCCGAACUCGUCUCCCACUAAAGUCGCCCUGGAAUAGACCCGGUCCACGGCCCGCGAGAACGUGCCCCCACUCUUCUGCCGCAGAGCCGCUCUUUCGGUCUGGCGCGCCACCGCGACGCGGUGGCCGUCCCUCACCAGUCGUCUGAUUUUGUCGUCGAUGGUGCCCGUGGGAAAGGUGCACAUGUCUCCCAGUUGCGCGUCCUUCCAGGAGCCGAUGCCCAAUGUCUUGGCUGCCCUCGGCACGUCCGUCCCGAAGCACUUGUACUUGUAGCCCACCUCGACGGCCAGGAAGCAGCCCUUGUUGUCGCGUAUCAACUGCUGGAUCUGCUUGGCCAUCGGCGUCGGGCCGUUCUCGCGGGUUGGCGGCGGGGGGCGCUGGCCGCUCUCCGGCAUAGCGUCAUGUGCGUUAUUGAGUGCGGCGCGCGCGUUUUCAGGCACCGUCGCCGGGUCUAACGCGGGGCGCCAGGGUUCUGUUGUUUCGGCGGGGUCCUCUGCUGUCAGGUCGACGACCGGCGGUGCGGCAGCGGGCGCGGGCGCGGUCGUUUUCGCUUUCUUGUUAAAGAAACUGCUGAUCUUUGGUUGUUGUUGCUGGCGCUUCAUUUUCAGGACUUUUGAGCCACCCGUACGUCGCGGCGGCGGCAGCGCUCUCCGUACUUUGAAUGGCUUGUGGGAGAGCAGUCGUGGAUCGGCGCGCUGGCAGCGCACAGCUCUCGGUUGGUGAGAAGUGGUGCGUAAGGUGCCACAGCCAAGGUGUACGUCGCACAGGACGCUGUAUGCCCCCGGGCCGCCGAGGCAUCCGCCGGGCUGUGGGUGUAUGCGCUAGUAACUCUGUCACUAGCUUUAGCACCGGCAAAAAGGGAGGCACGGGCAGCUGGAGGGGCAGCCGGGGCUGAACAUUUCGCGUAAUUUCGACGUUUUCCGUGGCAGUCUCACCCAGGAGCAAGCACUUGACCAGACAGAUCUGAUGCCGCCCAAACGGAAGGCGCGCAAGCCAGCCGAUGCCAUCGAUCUCACCGAGAUGGCGAGCUCGCAGGAGAAGAAACAAAGGGUAGCCUUGACCACCAUCGCGAAGGAGUUCAUCUGUCCGAUCACGCAAGAAUUGCCUAUUUCUCCCGUGACCGCCGAAGACGGCAAGGUUUACGAGGAAACAGCUAUACGCGAGUGGUUCUCGAAGAAAGAUGGAGCCCCAACCAGCCCGAGCACAGGCGCCGUCAUCGGGACGAAGUUAUUCCCGGCGCCGCAAGCGCGAAACACGAUCGAGGCGCUGAUCCAGAGCGGCGCGAUCGCGGGCGAGAUUGCUGAGGCGUGGAAGCAGAAGCUGGAGGAUGAGAAGGAAGUGAAGGAGACGCGCGCCGAGGCGGAAGGCGGCGACGGGGAAGCUAUGUAUAUGCUCGGCGCGUGGUACCGAGAAGGUGUGAACGGCCUCGCAAAAGACGAUGUUCAGGCCCGCGCGUGGUACGAGCGCUCUGCGGCCGCCCGCCACCCAAAGGGGAUGGCGGCUUUUGGUGAACUUCUCCUGCUUGGCAUCGGCGGGCCCGAGGACAAUGUAUUUGGGGUUAUGAACGUGACCGCGGCGGCGGAGCUCGGAUCGGACGUCGGCGCGUAUUUUCUUGGGUACGCGUUCUUCAGAGGCGCUUACGGUCUGCCAAAGGACUCCAUCCGAGCGCGGUUCUGGCUGACGAAGGUCGUAAAUGGCGAGUGCGAGGUCAAGCACCUAAACGAAGCCGGUAGAGCCGAGGCGGCGGCAUGGCUCCGCGCGCUGCAGGACGAGUAAAGGUCAGUGUGUACUUAGUAGCACCCCCCCCCCCUAGCCUAGCCUGAUUAACCCGGUACUUGCGUCGGAUUUUGCGGGACCCCUCCCCGCCCCAGGGACUCGUCGCCAACGCUUCAGGCUCAGGCUAGUUACGGCUCAGGCUAGUUACGUCGCGGGGUUCCCCGUACCCCUCCCGUCGUUCCUAGUACCUCUAUCACUAGCCCGUAUUGCUCUUGGUCCUUGCCUUGCAAGGUUGUGCUCGCGCAGCCGUCGAAGAAUUGCGCGUACAAGCCCGCAUCGCUGCCAUUUUGCAUAACUGAGCUCGUGGCCUCAAAAUAUUAGCCAGAGCGGCCUCCCUGAUCCAGCACACUAUUGACCUGCGCCUUGCUGGCUCCCUACGUCCGGCGCUCGAAGGCACAAACCAUGUCCCAAGCAUCGCAAAAGCGCGCCCGCGGCGCCGACGCCAUCGACCUCACGACGGAGGACGUGAGCCCUCGCGAAAAGAAGAUGCGCGAAUCUAUCAAUGGCGUCGCGGCCGAGCUGCUAUGUCCUAUUACUCAGGAACUGCCGUUCGACCCCGUCAUGGCAAAAGACGGCAAGAUAUACGAGCGGACAGCCAUCCUGGAGUGGUUUAGAAAGAAAGAUGGCGACGCGACCAGCCCGAGCACGGGCAAGGUGAUCGGCACAGAAUUACUGCCGGCUGUCCAAACGAAGAACACAAUCGAGAUGCUCAUCAAGAGCGGCGCGAUCGCGGGCGAGCUGGCCACGGCGUGGACGGAGAAGCUGGAGCAGGAGAAGGUAGUGAAGCGACUCCGGGCACAAGCAGAAGGCGGUAACGGUGAAGCUAUGUAUCUGCUCGGCGCGUGGUACGAGUAUGGCGAAAAUGGCGUCGCGAAAGACGAGGUGCAAGCCCGCGCGUGGUACGAGCUCAGCGCGGCGACCCGCGACCCAAGAGGGAUGGGAACUUAUGGCGAAUGUCUCCUAUGUGGCGUCGGUGGUCCAAAGGACAAUGUAUUUGGGGUUAUGAAUGUGACCGCAGCGGCGGAGCUCGGCUCGAACCUCGGCGCGUAUAGACUUGGCUGGGCGUUCUUCGAAGGCGGCCACGGCCUGCCGAAGGACCCUGUUCGGGCGAGGUACUGGUUGAAGAAGGUCGUCGACGGCGAGUGCACGCACAAGGACCUAUACGAUGCAGACUUACUAGCAGCCGAAGCGGAGGAGUAUCUCCGCGAGCUGGACCAGGAAGCGUAA